AUGACCCGCUCCCAAACCUUGGAAUCACAUUCAGAAACAACUCGUAAAUGGUGGAAAGAAGCUACCGUAUACCAGAUUUACCCAGCAAGUUUCAAAGACACCGAUGGCGAUGGAUGGGGUGACCUCAAGGGUAUCACUGAAAAACUGCCUUACAUUAAGAAGCUCGGUGUAGAUGUAAUCUGGGUAUGUCCCUUCUACGACUCCCCUCAACAAGACAUGGGGUACGAUAUCGCCGACUAUGAAAAGAUCUGGCCACGCUACGGUUCUAACGAGCAGUGCUACGAGCUCAUUGAUAAGGCCCACAGUUUGGGGCUGAAAGUGGUUGUCGAUUUGGUGAUCAACCAUUGUUCUGCGGACCACAAGUGGUUCGAGGAAUCGCGCUCGUCGAAGGACAACGCUAAGCGUAACUGGUUUAUCUGGAAGCCGGCCAAGGGAUUCGAUACCAGCGGAAAACCCAUCCCACCGAACAACUGGCGGUCGUUUUUCGGGGGCUCUGCGUGGGAAUGGGACGAAAAGACCCAGGAAUUCUAUCUGCGUUUGUUUGCUUCAAGACAGCCCGACUUCAAUUGGGAGCUUUCAGAGGUGCGCCACGCCAUCUACGAGACCUCGGUCGGCUUCUGGCUGGACCACGGAGUCGACGGGUUCCGCAUCGAUGUCGGCGGGAUGUAUUCAAAAGACCAGAGCUUCCCGGACGCAGAGGUGAAGGACCCCAACGCCGAGUUCCAAGACCCUCUCAAGCACUUCGCCAAUGGCCCCCGCAUCCACGAAUUCCACAAGGAAAUGCACCAGUUCAUGGUGGACCGCGUCAAGGACGGACGCGAGCUGUUAACAGUGGGUGAAAUCGGGUUUGGUACCGAGCAGGAUUUCAUCGACUACACAAGUGCCAAGGAGAAGGAGAUCGGCAUGAUGUUCAACUUCAAGCACGUCACCGUGGGCGAGGACCCGGCUUUCAAGUACAAACUGGUGCCUUGGACUCUCAAGGAUUUCAAGCUGGCCGUGGCAGAGAGCUUCCAAUUUAUCAACGGCACCGAUUGCUGGUCGACCAUAUACAUUGAAAACCACGACCAGCCCCGGAGCGUUUCUCGUUUCGGCGACGACUCGCCCGAAUGGGUGGCCACCUCCGCCAAGAUGCUAGCCGUCAUGGAGAUAGCACUCACGGGCACCCUUUUUGUGUACCAGGGCCAGGAGCUGGGCCAGCCCAACAUCAAAGGGUGGGCUACGGAACAAUACGAAGACGUGGAGCUGCGCGGGAACUACGAGUAUGUGUUGAAGCAGUUCGGACCCAAUUCCAAAGAGAUGAAGCUCUUCCACGAAGCCGUCCAGCUCAUUUCGCGCGACCACGCUCGCACCCCGUUCCCCUGGACCCCAGAGAGCCCCAGCGGCGGCUUCACCUCUGCCAAGACGCCCUGGUUCGAGCUCAAUCCUUCCUAUCCGGCCAUCAAUGCGGAAAACCAGUUGCAGGAUCCAAACUCGGUUUUCCAUUUCUGGUCCAAAGCGUUGCAGGUUAGAAAGGCCAACAAGGAUCUGUUGGUGUACGGCUACGACUUCGAAUUCCACGACCUCGACCACGACAAGCUGUUUUUGUUUACCAAGAAAUACGCAGACCAGACGCUGUUUGCCGCAUUCAACUUCUCUAGCUCGGAAACCGAAUUCAAAACGCCCGUGCCAGGCAAGUACACACAGUUUUUCGGCAAUUACCGCCAGCCCGACAACUCCUCCGUCCUUAGACCUUGGGAGGGCAGACUGUUCUACGUAGAGUGA